UGGACUAUAUCUGAUCUGAAAGAUUUUAUGAUCAGCACAUUGCCUCCGGAACUGGCCUCACACAUAGCCUCAGCAGCCCCAAUUAUCCACCGCUGCCUCCUACGACUAGGCUCAUUUCCAUAUCAAAACGAUCCACACCGCACCCUGUCUCUAGAAGUACUACGAACAGGAAUAAUAAUUCUACUCAGACUAGAAGGCAACAAGCUUCUAGAUCCAGAUAACAACGAAGCAUCACUCGUUUACCCUGAACGUCUCAGCGCCGAACAACGAAUCCUGCUGUUUCAAAGCUUGACAGAGUCGCCAGGGCCCUCUGCCGGAUCAGCUCGAAGCCCAGGAGAUGAUUACCACAUUCGGAAAGCUCUUGAGAUCGUUACGUAUGGGAAUUUCAAGCGUAAUGGGCUGUUCCCGACUGCUGUGAGGAAAGGACCUCAAUAUCCCCUUCCGGAACAUUUCCCUUCGUCAAACCCCACGUUGGCAAGUGGAUCGAUCCAGGCCGAUGAGUUUAGGCUGCUCCUUCGGUUGAUGCUCCUCACUCAGUUGUAUGCUGCUGGACUUGACCCGGAGGUUCUUACGUGCUCUCUAGCGGAGAUUGAGACAGCGACGGAUUGUCUAUUGGCUGCAUUCUUACGAAAGUCAUCAACCGUAUCCUUUACAGCCUUUGACGAAGUUAUUGGCAAUUCAAUACAAAACUUAUUCCUGGGUCUCCGUCGAGUCCUCGGCCCUUUGCAUUCACCCAAACCCAUUCCAUCCCCCCCAUCAUCGGUCACCGAAGCACAGAACAAGUUAAAAGAACUGUUUACACCAUCAAUCAAGACACAGCCUCCUCCCAAGGGACGAAUCAUGAAUAUUCCUCUCCUAAGUCAGCUUUCAAUGAGCCUACCCCAAGACUUUCCCAUCGAAGCACCAGAAAUACUCCAUUCUUCCCAGAAGGUAGAUAUCAAGGGUUUAAAGUCUUGCCUGUCUACAACCGGUCUGGUCAGGAUUCUACUAGUCUCUGGUAAGACUAGUCAAGGGGACGCCAUAUUCGGCGCAUACUUCCCUAAAGAUUCCUCGCCUGCCAGUAUGGAUAUGUCGGUGGUAUUUCAACUGGCACCGGUGCAUCGAAUGUUUCGUCAGGAUGAAAGGUUGUUGCCGUCUCCAGACGAUGGUGAAGAUGGCUUGCGUUUGACGCUUGCUCUCGCGGGUGUAUCUCUCGUGUUGAGUUGUGAAUCGUCAAGGACUUUAACGGCGAAAUGGGAGGAGGAUACCAGCCAAGAGGUGCUUGUUGAUGCUGUAGAGGUUCUGGGGUUUCAAGGGUGCAUGGCCAACGUUACUACUUUUGAAUAA